AUGGCUAGCACAGUAGGACAGGCUGCGAUUGCCUGGGGUGCUGGCGAGCCCCUCUCCAUUGAGGACGUAGAGGUCUUGCCACCCCGCGCCGGCGAAGUACGCAUUCAGAUUCACCACACUGGUGUCUGCCAUACCGAUGCCUACACUCUUUCCGGCAAGGAUCCAGAGGGUGCUUUCCCUGUCGUCUUGGGUCACGAAGGUGCCGGUAUCGUCGAGUCCGUUGGUGAGGGUGUAACUUCCGUCAAGCCUGGCGACUAUGUCGUCGCUCUCUACACACCGGAAUGCCGCGAGUGCAAGUUCUGCAAGUCUGGCAAGACCAACCUGUGUGGUAAGAUUCGUGCAACUCAGGGUAAGGGUGUCAUGCCCGACGGCACUUCGCGUUUCAAGGCUCGCGGCAAGGACUUGCUGCACUUCAUGGGUACCUCCACCUUCUCCCAGUACACUGUGGUUGCCGACAUCUCUGUCGUCGCUGUCACUCCCAAGAUAUCCACCGACCGCUCUUGUCUUCUUGGCUGUGGUAUCACCACUGGUUACGGUGCUGCCGUCGUGACGGCCAAGGUUGAACAAGGUUCUAACGUGGCUGUCUUUGGUGCUGGCUGUGUCGGCCUUUCCGUCAUGCAGGGUGCCGUCAAGAACAAGGCUGGUAUGAUCAUUGCUGUUGAUGUCAACGACGCCAAGGAGGCCUGGGCCCGCAAGUUCGGCGCUACCCACUUCGUCAACCCUACCAAGCUGUCUGGAAAGACUAUUCAGGAGCACCUUAUUGAGAUGACUGACGGUGGCUGUGACUACACUUUCGAUUGCACAGGUAACGUCGGCGUCAUGCGCGCUGCUCUCGAGGCCUGCCACAAGGGCUGGGGUGAGAGCAUUGUCAUCGGUGUGGCCGCCGCUGGCCAGGAGAUUGCCACUCGACCAUUCCAAUUGGUCACCGGUCGUGUAUGGAAGGGAUGUGCAUUCGGUGGUAUCAAGGGUCGCACCCAACUCCCCGGUCUGGUCGACGACUACCUGAACGGCGAGCUGAAGGUGGACGAGUUCAUCACUCACCGUGAGCCUCUUGCCAACAUCAAUACUGCCUUCGAGCAGAUGAAGCAGGGCGACUGCAUCCGCUGUGUGGUGGACAUGAAAUAA